GCACAACACAACGUACAAUAAAAGCUCUCUAACUUCCUUCUUCAUCUCACUUAACACUCAUCAUGGCCAUCAAGACCAGACUCCCAGAGCCCAUCUUUGUCGACACAAGCUAUGGCCGACUGGCUGUUCGCUCAGAAGGCUCUGGCAGCCUGCCUCCGGUCCUCUGUAUCCAUGGCAACUCGUCGAGCGCUGAAAUCUUCCGCCAUGUGCUCCAGUGCAGCAAAAUCACAUCCACGCGCCGCGUGCUGUCGCUCGACCUCCCCGGCCACGGCGAGUCCGCUGAUGCCGCCGACCCUGAGCGCACGUACACGAUGCCUUCCUACGCGAAGGCGGCAAUCGAGGUCCUGGAGAAGCUUGGGAUCAAGGAGGUUGUUGUGGUCGGCUGGUCGCUGGGGGGACACAUCGGGACCGAGAUGCUGCCCCUGUUCCCGGGGACCAAGGGGCUGAUGAUGAUCGGCUCGCUGCUGGUAGAGCUGUGGGACAAGCCCCUUGACGACGACCGCACCAAGUGGAACAUGCGCCAGGAUCUCACGGUGGAGGACCUGACCACAUACGCCAAGAUUGGCACGGGCGGGCCGUUUGAGCAGUGGAUGGCGGACGCGGCCAUCCGGACGGACGGCAAGGCACGCAGGGUCCUGUUCCAGAACCUUGGGUAUGGGGACUGCUCGAACCAGCAGAAGCUGAUUGCUGAGACCAAGGUGCCGACUGCUGUUGUCAUUGGCACUGAUGAGCCGCAUCUCGACAACAGCAAGAUCAAGGGCCUCAAGUAUGGCAACCUUUGGAGCGGCAAGGUCGUUGAGAUUGUUGGUGCCGAGCACGGCCCGAUGUGGGAGAAGCCGGAGGAGUUUCUUCCCAUCCUUGAGCAGUUCCUGGCAGAUGUGGCUGCAUAGAUUUGUGCGUGUAGUAGUGGUUAGGUGUGUACAGUUCGACCCCAUACAAGGGGCAUAAACAAUUAGGAACUUGAAUC